GAGCAGGGCUGGAGGAAGACUCUCAGAAGACUGGAGCUUCCUAUGCUGGAGAGACUUGCUGGGAGCUGGAGAUGCUGCAGGACAACCUUCCAUCCUACCUUCAGGACCUGUGCAGUGAAGGCUCCAAUGUGCUCAUUUGGAAUGCCACCCUCCUCCCGGACCUAGAGCCCUACAACCUCAGGGCUUUCAGGUUCAGGAUCACCUUCCCACGGAACUACCCCUACAAGCCUCCCCAGCUGAAUUUCGUAACCAGCAUAUAUCACCCCCAGGUGACUGAGAACGGAGAGGUGUGCCUACCUAGUCUCCAUUCUAACUGGAAAGCCCACACCACAAUCCAUCAAGUGCUAGAGGAGCUCAUCUCACUGGUGAACAAUCCUAACCGAGAUCUACCACUCCGGCCAGUGCUUGCUAACCUGUACGUUCAGAACCGCAUCCAAUUCAUGGAGAAUGCCAAGGAACACACUCUCCAAUUUGGGGAAAAUCGACCUGGCUGCCAGUGAGCCUGAUUAUCUCUUCCUGAUGAACAGUGAUAGAAACGGGACCCUUCUGGGAGUCUGUUCUGGAAUCUUGUUUUUCACAUUAGCCCUAUUUAAGCAUAAAUUGCAAAAUCUAUAUUCCUAAUGACUUAAUUGUGGAUGUAUUAUUAAUCACCUGUACUGGUCUUGUGCUGUUCUGCACUUACAUCAGUUCAGUGCUGUUGUGUACCCUUAAUCUCCUAGUGUGGUCUUCUACUGUUCUGUACCCUCCUUAUGUUCCCCACCUAGAUGACGGCAUUCCAGGAAAGCAGCGAGACAUCUCCCAUGCAGACAAAUGAUGGCAGGUGGGACAAUGGAGGGAACAUAAGACGUGCAUACUGAAGACCUCGCAGUCCAGGGGGAUCCCUCAAACCUACACAUGCCCCUCAUUCCCUUUUUGGUGUCGUUAAGUUCACCUAUGAUGUGUCAGAACCCAAAACCCACCUUUGCCUAGACUCUACCCUCUUUCUUUCCACUCAUUUUCUGGGGGAGGGGGGGAUGGUUCUGCCUGGAAUACCCCAGAACACCCAGAGGUGGACUAUUUUGGAAAAAAGGUGGAAUGGGAGGUGAACCCCCCCCCAAACUUUAAAUAAAUAUUCAAACCCUGAUCCACAGCUUGGGCCAUUCCAUCAGCCUAGGACAUUUCACCAUCCUAAACCUCUUCUUUCAAUAAAUAGUUUCAUACCUCUGGACAGAAUGGA